AUGCCCGGCAGAGUCGCCGCCCGUUCGACUUCCGCUGCGACCCGUAGGUCAUCAGCACAACCGUCUACUGGACGCGCCCCCUCCGUGACACCGUCCUUUGCGAUUCCCGAAGAGCCCGCACUCCCCUCAUCAUCGCCCAACCUCCGCCGAGAUGUGUGCGCCAUAUUUGCAGAUGCCCAGCGAUCAACCACCGGCCACCGCAAGUUGAUGGUGCGCCUGCGCAAGCUGCAGGAAAUCUGCUGUGGGAUCUACCAGAAGAACAAAAAGGGAACGGAUCGAGAGCAGGAGGAGAUUGUGAUACCCGAAGAAGCGACAGUCGCAGAGAAAGAGUUCAAUGUCGAAGUCGGCCGCUGUGUGCUGCGUAUUCUUCCUAUUAAAAAGUCCGAACCCGUUGGCGACCGAGUUCUGCGGUUCCUGGACACUUUCAUCGCCCAUGCCUACGAGAAGGAUAAUGAGCUUUUCGCAUCCAAGGAUGAGGAAGAGGACGAUGGAAUGCAAUCUGCGCCCGAAACCCCGACUUCGCGUCUCACUUCGAGUCUUGUGGACUUGAUCAGCCCCGUUCUCGCCUCGAAGGACAAGGUGGUCCGAUUCCGCGCCACCCAGAUUAUCGCACACAUUGUUAACACGCUCGAGUCAAUCGACGAUGAGUUAUAUCACACUAUUCGGCAGGGAAUGCUGAAGCGAAUUCGCGACAAGGAGUCUUCAGUGCGUGUACAGGCUGUCAUAGGCCUGGCACGACUCACUGGAAAUGAGGAUGAUGAGGACGGUCCCGACGAUAACUCCACGGCACUUCUAGAGAAAUUGAUCGAGAUUAUGCAAAACGACACCAGCGCAGACGUGCGCAAGAGCCUUCUAUCUAAUCUCCCACUCUCUCAAGUUACCCUUCCCUACCUCCUGGAACGAGCCCGCGACCUCGAUGCGGCAACACGACGAACAUUAUAUUCGCGCCUAUUGCCUACGUUGGGUGACUUCCGUCAUCUGUCUCUGGGAAUGAGAGAGAAGCUGCUGCGAUGGGGCCUGCGUGAUCGUGACGAAAGUGUCCGCAAAGCAACUGGUAAGCUGUUCUACGACCGCUGGGUCGAGGACUGUGCUGGUACCAACCAAGGCGAAAACACUGGCCAAAGAUCUGCCCCCAAUCAAAGCGCUCUUCUCGAGCUGCUGGAGAGAAUUGAUGUCGUCAGCUCCGGCAUUGAGAGCGGUAUUGCGCAUGAGGCGAUGCGUAGCUUCUGGGAGGGUCGUCCUGACUACCGGGAAGCGGUUCUUUUCGAUGAACCUUUCUGGGAGUCCUUGACCGGAGAAUCCGCAUUCAUGCUCCGCACAUUCAACGAGUUCUGCCGCGUCUCGAACGAAGGAAAGUACGAUGAUCUCGCAGAUGAGAAGAUGCCCACAGUCACCGCGUUGGCCUACUUCCUCUCCAAGUACACCACGGAUUUGUUGCGGCGGAAGAAGCUUGGCAAGGUUUCUGGGGAUGCCAACGACGAAGAUGCCACUGAGAAUGAGUUUAUUGUGGAGCAGCUGUUGCAUAUCGCAAUUACUCUGGACUACAGUGAUGAAGUGGGUCGGCGAAAGAUGUUCUCCCUCCUGCGGGAGUCACUUGCUGUCCCAGAACUGCCAGAAGAAUGCACCAAGCUUACAAUCGAGGCCCUCCGAUGCGUUUGCGGGCCAGAUAUUGCUGGCGAGAGCGAAUUCUGCAGCGUGGUCCUCGAAGCUAUUGCUGAAGUGCAUGACACGAUCAGCACUGAGGACAGUUUCGUAUCGGCCAAGUCCGAAAUUAGCGAUGAUGCUAGCAGCCGUGCUCGAUCUGAGACCCCAGCCACCGAGGAUGAAAGGCCUUUCAACAAGGAAGAGGCCAAGGCUAAGAUCCUCCGGGAGAUCGUGGUGAAUAUGAAGUGUCUUCACAUUGCGCAGUGUAUGCUUCAAAAUGUUGAGGGUAACCUGCAACAAAACAUGAACCUCCGUACCAUGUUGAACAGCCUUGUGGUCCCCGCCGUGCGAAGCCAUGAGGCUCCUAUUCGUGAGCGAGGUCUCUACUGCUUGGGUCUUUGCUGUCUUCUUGACAAGAAUGUCGCCGAGGACAACAUGACUCUUUUCAUCCAUUGCUACAGCAAGGGUCACGAGGGUCUCCAGGUGACCGCCAUCCAGACCAUCUGUGACAUGAUCACAACACACCCCUCGCUCCUCGCCCCAGUCCCAGAAUCUGACGGCGAGACGGUCACGACGCCCGCCAUCCAGAAGCCUAUCCUGAAGGUGUUCUCACGUGCUCUAAAGGCCAACUCCCCCGCUGCUGUGCAAUCCGCCGCUGCUACUGCACUUUCAAAGCUGCUGCUCACCAACACCUUCACCCCAUCUGGACCGAACGUGCCGCCUGCUAUCCAAGAGUUCAAUGAGAAUGCCGUCGAAACACUCCUGCAGAGCCUUGUCGUUGCUUUCUUCCACCCCCGCACUCGUGAUAACCCCGCGCUUCGUCAAUCGUUGGCAUACUUCUUCCCUGUCUACUGCCAUUCACGAUUGGAGAACACCCAACAUAUGCGACAUGUUGCUGUACCAGUGGUUCGAGCAGUCAUUAACGCCGCCGAGGAGUACUACUCGCUCGAGGCUGAAGAAGACAGCGACGGUGAGAUUGACGAGAGUGUUGGCGAGCGUGAAGUCAAGGCCCUUAUGACUGGUGUCAUCGGUAUGCUUGCUGAAUGGACCGAUGAGCGUCGUGUUGUGGGAUUGGGUGGUGAGCGUGUGCUGGCCGGUGGUGCAGCUAGCUCUACUGCUUGUGGCUGGGUACACCUGGCGCUUGUUAAAGACAUUCUUGAGAGAGUGCUAGGCGUGAGUGCCGGCACCAACCGCUGCUCUCGGGAAGAGCGCAAGCUCCUGUUCUCCCUGCUCAGCAAACUCUACAUUUCGGCCCCUACGCUUCCCUCUCGUGCCAGCUCACGUGCUCCCGAAGGCGAAGAUCAAUUCCGCACCAGCAUUCGCAGCGCCACUAGUAUCGAAAUCGACCCCGAUAAUGUCCAAUUAGCCCAGGAAGUCAAGGAGUUAUUGGACCAAACCAUUGACGAGGGCUUGGCCGGAGAAGCUUCUAGUCGCAAUGCACUCGUGAAAACCAAGAACUCCAUUCUCAAGAUUCUCGCGGUUGCUCAGGAUGCUCGUGCUGCUAGCGUUCGUCCUCGUGCCGGUACCGAGGAUCUGGAGAGUGAUGCUGGAAGUGUUCGCUCCUACAGUGUCCGCCGCUCCGUCGAGCCCAGUCGUCGCCAUGUGUCUGUGGAACCUAGCAUCAUGGAGGAAGACGAAGGUGACAGCGGUAUUCGCUCUGGAAGAGUACGACCUUCCGUUGAGGGUGGGUUUGCCAACCGGAAUGUAGUCUCUAUUGAGCCUAGCAUUAUGGAAGAAGAUGAAGAGGAUGAUCAUGAUACUAGCCGUGGCACCAUAAUCAAGGAGGAGGCUGUCGAUGAAUGA